CGGGGGCCACCACUGCCGCCCGCGUCCCCGCCCCGGGCCGGCCCCCGCCCGCCCGCCCGCCUGCCUCUGUCCGCCCGGCCGCAUCUUCCUCCGCCUCCCGCCCCGAGGACCAUGUCCAGGCUGAGCUGGGGGUACGGCGAGCACAACGGUCCUGUUCAUUGGAAUGAAUUUUUCCCUAUUGCCGAUGGGGAUCAGCAAUCUCCAAUAGAGAUUAAAACCAAGGAAGUGAAAUAUGACUCUUCGCUCCGACCUCUGACUAUCAAGUAUGACCCCAGCUCAGCUAAAAUCAUCAGUAAUAGUGGCCACUCCUUCAGUGUUGGCUUUGAUGACACGGAGAACAAAUCAGUUCUGCGUGGGGGUCCUCUCACUGGAAGCUACAGGCUACGGCAGUUCCAUCUUCACUGGGGGUCCGCGGACGAUCAUGGCUCUGAGCACGUGGUGGACGGAGUGAGAUAUGCCGCAGAGUUUUUGGACAAAAGCAGAUAUGAGGGUUCUGUCGAAGGUUCUUGUGAAGAAUACAUUAUACAUCUCCAUGUUGUUCACUGGAAUUCAGACAAAUACCCCAGCUUUGUGGAGGCAGCUCAUGAGCCCGAUGGACUAGCUGUCUUGGGCGUAUUUUUACAGGUUGGUGAACAUAAUUCCCAACUGCAAAAGAUUACUGACACUUUGGAUUCCAUUAAAGAAAAGGGUAAACAAACUCUCUUCACGAAUUUUGACCCCUUAUCUCUGCUUCCUCCAUCCUGGGACUACUGGACUUACCCAGGUUCCCUGACAGUCCCACCUCUGCUUGAGAGCGUCACAUGGAUCAUUUUAAAACAGCCUAUAAAUAUCAGCUCUCAACAGCUGGCCAAAUUCCGCACCCUCCUGUGUACAGCGGAGGGCGAAACAGCAGCUUUUUUGUUGAGCAAUCACCGUCCACCACAGCCUCUGAAGGGCAGAAAAGUGAGAGCAUCUUUUCAUUAAAAGUUGUCGCUGGUAGCCCACCCCAGACACAUCUGCAGAGAGAAAACAAGUCACGACAAAACCCACAAAUCCUUGCUAACACCUCUUUCCUAGGAUUCUAAUUCACGGGUGCCAUUUUGCUCUCAGCUUCAGCACAAGAAGAAAAUCAGAUCUCUUUCAUCAAACUAACUUGACUGACCUAUCUCAGAUUUGCUGUCAUGGGUAUUCAAGCAGUAAACACUGUUUGGUAUGUAUUAAAACCCAUGAAAUGCGUCUGCUUGAACCAGCGUGAAAACAUGGCCAGCACUGCAAACCUCAGAAUCUAUUAAAAAUUUUCCCUUGCCAUUGAGACUGAA